ACACACUAAUUCUUUUGACCACACCAUUUGCAAAGAGAGAGAAAAUUUUUUUCUGUGAAAAUCGUAGGAAAAAGUGGAUUUUAUAGAAAGUGCAGUGAAUUUGUAGCAACGUACAAUGCACGUGAACAACCCCGAAGCACUAAAGAGCUGGUUAGCAGUUGUUCUGAAGCCACUUUGCGACGCUGAGCCGUGUGCCCUGGCGCGCUACGUGUUGGCCCUCCUCAAGAAAGAUAAACCCAUCCGGGAGCUGACACAGUGUAUGACGGAGCAGCUGGAUGUUUUCCUCGGUCCUGAAACAAAACCCUUCUUGGAGAGACUUCUUGCCGCAAUUAAGACAGAAGAGUACAUAACACAAGCAGGAGCAAGUCCAGCUCCUGCGGCACCUUCACUCCUCCCCCAGGCACCUGUACCACCACCACCCACGCUGGAACCGAGUAAAACAGUCAAAGGAACCCGAGAAUGCACCCCACCACUUGAUCAGACUAAGGCCAAAGAGAUUGCGGGAGAGAAAUUGAGCGAUAGUGAUAUAUCCCCCAUGCAAAUGUCGUCAAUUUCCGAUGGGAAUUUGUCGACGCCAUCGGGGCUGAGUACGCAGGAGGCUGCUCCACUGAAGUUCGUACCCGAAAGUGUUCCCCUGAAGGACGUGCCACCACCCAAUAAGGAGACCCGGCGUCGACGUGCCUCCAUGCGAUCUCGCUCACGAUCGCGUUCACGUUCCUUUGAGCGCAACCGGAAGUCCCGAUCGCGCGAUAGACGCCUAGCGGAGCGCGAGAAGUCCGGCCGGCAGUACCGGAAGUCCCCACGGCGGUAUGACAGGCGAGAACGCUCCCCGAAGCUGUACGGCGGUCGUGUACGCAACCGUAGCCAUUCACAGUCACGCAGUCGAUCGGGGUCACCGCGGAAGGUAUCCAGGUCAAUGUCACCCAAUGCUGCGGCGGAGGGAACGGGUGGGGUGCCGAGUAAACGACAGCGAUGCAGGGAUUUCGAUGAGAAGGGUUACUGCAUGCGCGGCGAGACGUGCCCAUGGGAUCACGGGGUGGAUCCCGUUGUGCUGGAGGACAUCAACAAUCCCCUGAUAAUUGCUCAAUCCACGGGGACGCAUAUGCGUGGUGUGAGUAGUGAAUACAACCCCGAUGCACCGGAUAUGUGGACACGAGGUGGGAGCUUUAUGGGUCCACGCGGAGGACCCCAUCGUGGGGGUCUCAAUGCGGGCACAUAUCCACGAAUCCCCGGUGCAAACUUCCGACCCGGUGCUGGUUUUUCAUUCCCCCUGAAUCCGUCUGUGACAACGCCCCUGCAGCGUGAACUUAUUUCCGUACCUGUGGUAGACGCCAAUGGCCCCGGGGGGGAUGUUUCGGCACAGAUGAAGCGGCGCUUUGAGCCCGAAGACACCGUAGCCGUUGCCGAGGGUCCGGCCAAGAGGAAACCCAUUGGGAGUCGUCUAGGCCCCCGGAUGGGCGGUGGGGGGCUAGGAGGGGGUGGCGGUGGGCCUGGACCCAAGACAAAUUGUUCCCUGGAAAUUCGCAAAGUGCCACGGGGUCUCAACUCCAUUGCCCACUUGAAUAAUCACUUCUCCAAAUUCGGCAAAAUUGUCAACAUCCAGAUUUCCUACGAUGGUGACCCAGAGGCAGCCAUUGUGACCUUCUCGGAGCAUUUUGAGGCGAAUGUGGCGUACCGUAGCACCGAAGCUGUUCUCAAUAAUCGCUUCAUUAAAGUCUUCUGGCACAUACCGGGGAAUAGUAGUGGCGGCAAUGCGGAUCACAGUGGGAAGGAUGAGCAGCCGGGGCAUAUGCAGCAGCAGAUGAAUCACCGGAAACCAUUCCCACCCAAUCAGUAUCAAGUUAACAAUCUGCCCGCCAACCCUGUGCCAGCUGCUGAUCCUAGUCAGAAUGCCACAGCCACCCCCGUGGCCUCCACAUCAUCCGGAGCGAAUGCCAGCACCACAACGGUGACACCACAGACUGCUGGUGCAGCAGCAGCUAAUGCUGCAGCCGUACAGCUACGCCUCAAGGCGAAUCGUCUAACGCGCAAUGCUGCCGAAUUGCUGCGUAAGAAGCAGGAGGAGAAGGUCAAAGCGGCUGUCCAACUGGCCCAUGGGCUGCACAAGAGGAAGCAUGAAUUGCUUCAGGAAUCCCUGAAGCAGAUGCGUUCAGCUCUUGAGUUGAUGGAUCGCGUUGAUAGUUCAGAUCCACAGAGACCGCGUAUGAUGCAAUCCGUGAAGGAUUUGCAGGACACCAUUGAGAAGCUGCGUGAAGAGAUUGCGGCGGAACAGGCCAAGAUUGCCAGUCAAACGCAAAAUGUCCCACCGGGACGAAAAUCAAAGGAGCAGCAUCAGAAGGAGUUGCUCGAUGUGGAGUUGGAGCUUAUUGCGUUGCAGCAGGAGGGGCAGGAUACCACGGCCAUCCAGAAGAAGUUGCUUGAGAUGCAGCGUACGUACAGAGUGGCACCAGCACGGGCUCACUUCCCCGGUAGGGCACCACGUGUCCGGCCAGCCCCACCUGGGUCCACAAGUGUCGACAGGCGUCCCACAACGCUCUACAUAACUGGCUUCCAAGCGGAGGACAGUGAUGCCAUUUUGGGGCAUUUCAAGCACUUUGGGGAGAUUACAAAGAACGAAUUGGACGUGAGUAUUCCCCUUUUGACCAUCUCCUUUGCAACUCGUCUACAUGCAGAGCAAGCCAUGAUCCGGGGGAGGAUUUUUAAGGAAAAACCUCUCCAGGUGAGCCUUAAAAAUUUUUUCAAUAAAAAGGGAACUUUUAAGCAAAAACUUGUCAUUCGGCAGAUCAAUUGGUCGCCGAAAAAAGUGGAAAUGGACACGCAGAAAGCAGAAGCUGGAGCUGCAGUGAAUGCUGAGGCAAUGGAAUCAGUCGACAUGGAGUCUGUGGAGUUGAGAAUUGAGGAUGAGGAGGAGGAGGAAGAUGCCGAAUCGGAGGAUCGUUCAUGGCGUCGUUGAUGUGUUUAAAAUGAAUUUGCUUGAAGCUUUCAAAAAGAAAAAAUGAAGAAGAAAAGAAAACUUUAAAAAGUUUUUAAAAGAGAGAUCAGAAAAACUGAUUUUGCGUAUCGUUGUACAUUUUUUUUUAACUAUAAGUCGUACACAUAAGUAAUUAAUCUAUUCUUAAAUUAAGUAAUUGAUAAACACCCAUGAAUUUCCUUCUCAAAAGAAUUUCAAAAACAAACAAAAACAUUUUUUAUUUAAUUCUCAAUCAAAAAAAUUUACUUUGAAUUUAUUUUUGCUCCAAGUUUAAUUUUUUUAAGCCCUCUUUUACAAGAAAAUAGCAAAGAAGAUUGUAAGAAAAAUAUCUUUUGUGUUUUUUUUCUCUUUUUGUGUUUAAUACAAGAAAAAAGAUAUUUUUCCUUAAUUAACAGGAUUAUAAUAUAAUUAUGUAUAAUUUUUAAGUGAACAUUUUUCUAAGAAAAAAAAAUGAAACAGAUAAAAUGGAAAAAUGAAAAUAAUAAAAAAUAUCCCAUAAAAUAAAAAUAGAAAUAUCGGUGGAGAAAAAAAAAGUAAAAACAAAACACCGAAGAAAAAAUAAUAAAAUAGUAAAAGAAAAUAAAAGGAAUUUCAAGGAUCCGAUUAAAAUAUACAAAGUAAUAAUUGAGAUUAAAAAA